AUGGGGAAGUUUAACACAUUAGCCGCUAUUUUUUGCUUCGUGCUUUUUUGCCUCCCGGCUCCUUACUGUGGGAUGGUCCACGAUAAAAAGAUCAAUUUGAAAAUAGAGUUGGUCGACAAAGAUUUGUUGCUAUCGCCUGAGCACUUGAAGAAAGAGAAGAACAUUGUUCAGAAUGGGAAAAAAAUUAAAAUUAAAAUUUUCGAAAAAAUAAAGGAAAAUGUCCUCGAGAGGGCCUUAGUUGUGCAAGAAAUGGACAGAAUUAAAGGCAUCAAUGCAUCGGAAAGGGGCAGCGCCGCAACUUUGCAAAAUUUGAGUGGUGAUGCGGGCGACGAUGGUGCUGACGGGGCUGAUGAUAAUGGUAAUGACAGUGCUAAUGAUAAUGACAAUGAUGCUACCAAUGAUGCCGCUUCGAGUGAGGAGGAACACCCUGCACAUGAUGCAAGCGACAUGAAAGUUAUUUCAACCGAGGAAUCUACCGAAAAUGAUAUCCAUAUGCUGCGCAAGGUCUAUCAGAAAAAGUCGGAUGAAGAAUCCACUACCUACUGCUACAUGAGGUACACAUUUAAUUUAAAUUUGGAUAAAUUAAGCGAAAAUAACAAGAGCGAGUUAUUCAAAGGACUGGAUAAAUCUCUAGACUAUAUGUCCUUUUUGCCGAAAGAGGAUCAAGCUAAUGAUACUGAAGUGAUUCUAGAUCAUGAGUAUAAGCAGAUGGACAAAGCGACCGGGUCAAAUGACUCCACACUAUCAAGUGUGGAACUGAGGAAUAAUCAUCUUAAUUCAUGCCCUAAUGCGGAAUAUGCCGAAACGAUAGAUGAUAUUGUUAGGUACUUGGAGAGUGUGAGUAGUAGGUUAGCCGUCUCCUCGUCAAUAAGGAAUAAAUUAUUGAGAGAAAGGGAUCUUCUAAAAGGGUGCGAUGAAGUGGAAACAAGUAAUAUGAGUUUGACCGGUAAUGCGCCCCACGAUAAUGCCGAAAAAAUUGCGCUUUACAAAAUAUUGUUAAAUUUAAAGGACUCCUUUAUGAUGAAAAGAAAGGUAAUAAAUUUACUACACAAUGGAAACACUAAUGCGGAGGAUGCUAACACCAACGGGGGUGCAGAAAAAGACCUGGACGAAAUUUUCAUAGACUCAGUUGAGAGAACACUUGAUUGCUAUGAUGUGCUUAAAGGAAGUGAUCGAUUGGAUUCUAUAUUGACGAGCAAGAAGGAGAGGAAUACCCUAAUGCAAGAAUCACCCAACACGAGAGAAGUAGAUAUUCAGAAUCACCAGUUUGGAUAUGCCCCAGGGGAAACCUCGAUGGACAACUCUUUUACUAGUGAUGAUGAUAAGGACAAAUGUGAAGUCUUUUUUAAAGCACUUUUGCUAAGUGAAGUAUUUGCAGGUCAUUCGACGCUUUCGGGAAGUGUGGGAGGGGGACAUUUUCAGAUGCUGAACGAUGGGAUGAGAAAUGACGCGUUUAGCGACGCGAGUAAUUCAGGCGGGGAAGACGCAACAUAUGCAGAUUCCUUUUUCAAUGGUUUUUCAAACAUGCCGAUAGUAGAAAAUGACUCUGUGAAAUUGAGCAGUGCAUUUAUGGGCGAUAACCGUCACAUGGGUAUGGCAGCUAGCGAAAGGGACAACCGUACGGAGGGUACUUUUAACUCGCAAGAAAAUCUAAAAGUUUUCGCAGAUACUGAGUCCUUUGCUGAUAUGUCGACAGGGAUGGGAGAAUUCGAAAUGGAUAACGAGGGGGAAGAAGUGGAAGUGGAUGAAACAGAGAAUGAUGAUGAGGAGGACGACGAUGAAGAUGAUGAUGAGGACGAUGAUGAUAAUGAUGAAGAAGUAGACGAAACCGAUGAGGAUGAAGAAGUGGAAGACGAUGAAGAGGUUGAAGAUGAUGAAGACGACGACGAUGAAGAUGAUGAAGAGUAUAAGGAAGAUGAUGAAGAAUCUGACCUUUCAUCAUCGAGCGUGAAGGACCUGCUAGGUAAUUUAUUAAAAAAGGGGUCGAAGCAUUUAAUAGAUAAAGGUAGAAAUAAAGUGUCCAGUCUCAUAGGGACGAAGUUCAACAUAGACAAGCUAUCCGAGAAGGCUAACAAAAUGGUGGGGAAAAUUAAAGACGUAUCUAAAAAGGGUUCUGAGAAAUUUAAAAAGGCAAAAGACGGGGUAAAGAAAUCUAUUACGAAGGCGAAAUUGGUCUCAAAGGAGAAGAUGAAUAAACUUAAAAAGGAAGCGAAAAAUGGAGUGGCGAACCUAAAAGAUAUCGGAAAGAAUGGCAUUCGCAAACUUAAGGAUUCGGCGAAAAGGGAAGGAGAGCGUCUCAAAAAGAAAGGGAAAGAAUUCGUCGAUAAUGCUGUGCAUGAAGCGAAGGAUAAAAUAGAUAAAGUCAAGAAGGAAACGAAAAAGAGUAUCGAUAAGGGGAAAAAAAAGGUGAAACAGGUGGCAAAAGAAGGAAUCGAAAAGGGCAAAAAUACGCUGGAAAAGGUGGCAAAAGAAGGAAUCGAAAAGGGCAAAAAUACGCUGAAAAAGGUGAAUCAGGUGGCAAAAGAAGGAAUCGAAAAGGGCAAAAAUACGCUGGAAAAGGUGAAUCAGGUGGCAAAAGAAGGAGCCCAAAAGGGGAAAAAUACGGUGAGAAAGAUGAAAAAGGACGCUAAAGAGGGCAUCGAUAAGGCGCAGAAAGUGGCACAAAAGGGAAUUGAUAUAGCGCAGGAAGUGGUAGAAAAGGGCAUCGAUAGGGCGCACGAAAUGGCCCAAGCAGGAGUAUACAAAGUCAAGAAAGCCAUUGACAAGGCGCAAAAGGUAGUCGAGGGAACAAAAAAGAAAGCGAAAGGUACCGGCGGAAAUUCCAAUAAAAGCACAGCUGGAAAUGGCCUCCAAGCGAAUAAUUCACCCAACACUGGCAUAAAAGAUAGUACGGUGAUGUCUAAGGAGGAGGCGCCUACAAAACAGAGUUAUAACGAUCCCACGGGUAACAAUGGUUCGAUAAGCAAAACAUCCCUCUUAAGCAUAUCAGGCGAAUCAAUUGAUAAUACCUCAAACAGGAAGAAAAUAAAAAGCGAAAUAAAGGAAAUUAAUAAAGGUUACAAAAAGUUGAGAGCGAUGGAAAAAAAAGUAAGGGACGAGUUGAAAACUCCCGUGCCUUCUGACAAGAAUAUAAUUCAAGAAUUCGAUGAUUUUGAAAAAUCGAGUGAAGAGAAAAAUGAGUAG